AUGACCACGCCUACUCUGAUCAACCUCCCCCCUCCUCCUUCUGACCCCGUCACACCCUCGGAUAUGGGCCCCGGCACCCCCAAUUCCGGCACAACCUCCCUCUCAGCGCUCUCCACCACCGCCAUCAAAGAUGGCCACCAGGGUGCUCCCUUCCCACAUCAUCGCGGCCACGCCCAUCAAUCCUCAACCUCCUCCACAAACACCCUUGAAGCCGAGCGCGCGGAUCGCAUCUCCCGCCUCGCAGGCCUCGAGCGCGUCGCAACCGCCCGCGCCGGCGGCGGCAACUACCCACCCAGUCAUAUCCCACCCGCUCACAUCCCAGGCUACUUCGACAGCCAUGCGUUUAAGGAACGCAGCACCGUCGGCAGUGCCAGUGCAACCGGUAGCGUCGGCCACACGACUUGGGCAUCGGGCAGCGAGGCAUUCUCCGCAGACAAAAUGAGCGAGGACGUCGACGUAGAUGACCGCGAUAGCGUGGGGAAUGUCAGCGAUGAAGGGAAUGCCAGUCUGGUCGGCUUUGGCGAGGGCGCUAAUAGUACCAUCUCGGGACCGACGAGUCGGCCCCCUGUGCUGAAUCGAAUGUCCUCCGGUGGUGCCCGACCAACAAGUAUGGGCACCGCCGGGGUGAACCCGAAUGUGGGUCGUCCCAAUGCGUUGGCUAGCUAUGUUCAGCAACAGCAGCAACAGUAUGGCGCUGGGUAUGGCGCUGCGGACAGUUCGAUCGUCUCUUCUAGUCUUGCGGGUUCGAUUACGCCCGAGCCUGUUCCCGAGGAUGCGCGAAUGGUCAACGGGAUGACCUUUGAUGAAGAUGUUAUCGAUACUACUGUUCGCACACCACGAUUGGCUACGCCGAAUCCCACUUCGGGCGGGUUUGAUACGGGGCAUGAGUAG